AUGUUUCUUACCUCUUGUCCGAAAGCGAAAGCAUCGCAAGAGACGGCAAGAAGGACAGCCUCCUUUGGGUCGAGGACUCCACAUGGUGGAUCAACUCCGAGUCUCUUCAUGUUGGUCGUCUUGAUUCCGUAUCCAAUACGGCGAGCAGACGAGUUGAUCACCUUGAUGUGGCUUGGACUACCAUCUACAAUCAAAUUAGAUGAUCGACUGACAGUAAUUGUAGAGGAAGAUACACCAACAGAAUCACCAAUCCCUGAUAUAUCUCCAUCUCUGAGAGAUUCUCCAGAAACUGCAACUCCAACUUCUCCAAUCUAUCGGCCACUUUCUUCUCUUUCUUCUUUUUCAAGAAAGCUUUCUACUGUAGUUCGAAGAAGUAUUUUGAGACCAAUUUCGGAUAUAAUCCCUGUAAGAAAACGAUUGAUCUCAUUCAAACAACAAGCUUUGAAUCCAUAUGAAGCAGAAAGUCCGGAUGAGUUGGCAUUGAUUGAAGGGGCUGCCCUUUAUAAUUAUGUUCUUCUGGAAAGAGCAGCAACUAGUAUCACUAUCUCAACUCCCGAAAAAGCUGAGAAAAGAUAUGAAUUACUGUUAGCACUUCCAUUUGAUGCAACAAGAAAACGGAUGUCAGUGAUAGUAAACUCUCCGAAAGGACCACUGAUGUACUGUAAAGGAGCUGAUUCUGCUGUCCUUUCUAGGUAA